AUGGGCCAUUCACUUGGAAAGACACUGGAAACAGCUUGUAUAAUUUUUCUCCUUUCUCAGAGAUUGUGGAAUGAUCUGAAAGCAGCUUUGGAUAAGAUUGAUCAGCAAUACCUGAAUGAACUUGUGGGUGGUCAAGAACCUGGAGAGGAAGAUACACAGAAUGAUUUGAAAGUUCAUGAAGAAAACACCACAAUUGAAGAGUUAGAGGCAUUGGGAGAAUUUUUAGGAAAAGGUGAUGAUCAUAAAGACACUAGAGGCCCAAUGGGCAUCAUCACCAAAUUCCUUAAGGUAUUUCCUGGUAUUUGGGCUAAAGAAUUGAAUGCCAGAGACCAUGUGAGGUGCAGUGUACAGGGUAAACUGCACAGUGCUACUCAAAAACAGACUGGGUGCUAUCUCAUACCCCUUUUCAGAAAACUAUGGAAAAGGAAUCUUCCUGCUGAUAUUGAGGGAUCCAUAACAGAUAUUAUUAAAUUCAUGUUGCAGAGAGAAUAUAUGAAGAAACAUUACCAUGCUGCUAAUGAUGUUUAUCUUCAGAUGGCCGUUGGAAAUGCUCCUUGGCCCAUUGAUGUUACUGUCAGAAAAAGAAGGGAAAAUAUUUCCUCCAAGCAUGUUGCACAUGUUUUAAAUGAUGAAACCCGGAAAUAUAUUCAGGUAAGCAAUUUGGAGAGAAAGACAUUUCUCUGA